AUGUCUACUUCAAACUUACUAAAUAAUUCCUUUGAUGAGAGCGACGAAGAGGACGAUAAUUUCAAUCCCCAACCUGCGGAUCUUUCUGACAACGAAGAUGAAGACCGCAAUACAAGUAGUGCGAAAAGACGAAAUGAAACUUCGCGUCAUCAAGUAGGAGAUGAAGAUGGCUCUGAGGAUGAAUCUGCCCAAGCGAGUGGGCGGAAAACCAACUCAGGCGGUGCUGCUGAUGAUGAGGAGGAAGAUGAUGAAGGCGAAGGCGAUGAUACUGCUGCAGGCGCCCAUGAUGAUGAUGAUGAUGAGGAAGAAGAUGAGGAAGAGGAAGAAGAUGAUGACGAAGAGGAAAUUACGGGACACCGCCGUAAACGUCGCAGAGACCGUCGCAAUGUUUUCCUCGAUGUUGAAGCCGAAGUGGAUGAAGAUGAGGAUGAAAAUGAAGAUGACGAGGAUGAAUUGAACGAAAUGAAGGAUACUUUCAUUGCAGACACACACCCAGAUGAUAUGGCAGACCUUCCAGAUGGUGGUGAGACAGAUGACAGGCGUCACCGAGAUUUGGAUAGGAGACGUGAAAUGGAGGCAAGUCUUGAUGCGGAAAAGCAAGCCGAAAUUUUGCGACAACGAUAUGCGAACAAAGGUCGCUCCUCAAGGGGCAGUGGAGAAUCAGCGGUCGUUCCAAAACGUCUCUUACUUCCUAGUGUCGAUGAUCCUAGUAUCUGGGCUGUAAGAUGUAAAGAAGGAAAAGAAAGAGAGGCCGUUUUCUCGAUCAUGAAGCGCAUCGAAGAGAGAACUGGUACCAAAGAAGAACUUGCGAUUACUUGCGCUUUUGAACGUGGUGGAACGCAAUCUACAAUGAAAGGCUUCAUUUACGUCGAAGCCCAACGACAAGCCGAUAUUUUGACUGCUAUGGAUGGCCUUAUGAAUGUCUAUCCUCGAACUAAAAUGCAGCUAGUCGAGAUUAAGGAAAUGCCAGACCUUCUCAGGGUUACGAAAAGUCCAACUGUAGAGGUUGGAGCUUAUGUACGACUUAGGCGUCCAGCAAAAUAUGCUGGUGAUCUUGCCCAGGUUAUGGAAGUUACCGAUACUGGCCUUGAAUUACGUGUCAGAUAUGUACCUCGUCUCGAUUAUGGUCUUCAUGAGGAUACCAAUGUAGUAGACGGAAAGAGAAAGCGUCCAGUGGCUGGACCGCGCCCGCCCCAACGGCUCUUCAGUGAAGCCGAAGCCAAGAAACGACAUGCAAAACAUUUGCAAGGCCGACCCGACACGAAGACCUGGAACUACUUUAAUGAGGAAUAUAUCAAUGGGUAUUGCGAGAAGGAGGUCAAAAUCCAAGCACUUAUCACUAAAGAUGUCAAUCCAACCCUCGAGGAAGUUACAAGAUUUGCCUCGGGUGCUGAAGAUGGAACCGAGAACUUGGAUCUAAAUGCUCUUGCUGCUAGCUUGAAAGCAAGCACGGCCAAUGCUUCUUAUCUACCAGGCGAUGUUAUUGAAGUUUACGAGGGUGAACAGAAAGGUGUCGUUGGUAAAGCAGUAUCUGUUACAGGUGAUAUUGUCACGAUGGCUGUGUCUGAAGGAGCAUUGAAGGGUCAAACCAUCGAAAUCCCUAUCAAGGGUCUACGCAAACGUUUCCGUGAGGGUGAUCACGUCAAAGUUAUUGGUGGAAGUAGAUUUAGGGAUGAAGUGGGUAUGGUCGUCAAGAUAAUUGAAGAUCGUGUCACUUUGUUGAGUGAUCAAGGUAACAAUGAGAUCACCGUUUUCAGCAAAGAUCUUCGAGAGGCGAGCGAUUCUGGUGGCAGUGGCGCUUUAGGAAAGUACGAGCUAUGGGACUUGGUUCAAUUAGAUCCAUCUACUGUUGGUUGUAUUAUCAAAGUUGACCGCGAGUCACUUGUCGUUCUUGAUCAGAAUGGCUCUAACCGGACAGUUAUUCCAUCUCAAAUCUCCAACAAACUUGAAAAGCGAAGAAAUGCAGUGGCAACAGAUCGUAAUGGUGCCGAGAUCAAGAUGGAGGAUGGUGUGAAGGAAUUUGGAGGAGAAGGUAGAGCUGGCAAGAUUCUACACAUCCAUCGCGCCUAUCUUUUCUUGAAGAGCUCGGAACUGACUGAGAAUGCCGGUGUAUUCGUUGCGCGAACAACUAGCGUUCAAAGCGUCUCUGCUAAGGGAGGACGCAUCGCUGGGAAUGCCUCAUCUUCACCGGAUCUCAGCUCUAUGAACCCAGCAAUGAAGCUGAAUCCGAAAAAUAAUGGCCAGAUGCUUCCACCAAAAUCAUUUGGCCGUGAUAAGUCUAUUGGACAGACGGUGACAAUUCGAAAAGGUCCAUACAAGGGUUUACUCGGCAUUGUUAAAGAUACCACAGACACCAAUGCCAGGGUAGAACUGCACACAAAGAGCAAGGUAAUCAGUGUUCCAAAGGACUGUUUGGGAUUCAAGGAUAAGGUUAGUGGUGCAUCGAUAGAUCCAAGCGGUUUCAGAGGUGGUCCUGGUGGUGGUAGGGGAGGAGGAGCUCCAAGAGGGCGUGGUGGUUUUGGAGGUGCGACCCCUGGUCCAGGUUGGGAUGCUGGUGCGGGUGGACGAACACCAAUGCCUGGUGGCCUUCCUGAGCGUACUCCAGCUUGGGGGAGAACUCCUCACGGUGGGGGCCAAGGUGGACGAACACCUGCCUGGAAGUCUGGAGCCACUGAUGGUGGGCGUACACCUGGUUGGGCGAAUGAUGGAUCUCGGACCGUUUAUGCAAAUGACGGUAGCCGGACAGCCUAUGGAGGUGGCAAUAGGACUCCUGCUUGGUCAUCUGGUGCUAAAACUCCAGCUUAUGGCUUAUCAGAUAAUUUUGGAUCUAAAACUCCCGCAUAUGGCGGUAGUGGUAGCUCUGGAGAUGCAUGGGGCUCAAAGACUCCAGCCUAUCAACCAAAUAAUUCAAACGACAAUUGGAACUCUGGCCCAUCCAACAACAACAAUUGGGGUUCGGCUUACGAUGCUCCAACCCCUGGCGGUCCUUUAUCGGCACCUACUCCGGCUGCAAUGAAUGCUCCGACUCCAGGUGGAUAUUCCGCUCCAACACCAGCUGCCAUGAACGCCCCAACGCCCGGAGCUUAUUCAGCCCCAACUCCAGCUCCGGGUUAUUGGGGUGCUCCAACACCUCAAGCAAUGGAUGCACCUACACCAGGACAAGGAUAUUAUGCGGGAGCUCCCACACCUGGUGCAUAUGCAGCGGAGACACCAGCAGGUAAUUGGCAGGAGGAUGGACCUAGAUACGUGGAUUAA